UCCGCACCGCCCCACCGCACACCCCCACCUCCGGAGCACAAGAUGGCGGCGGCAAUGAUCGGCCGGACCGCUCUCCGCGGCAAUGGCUCGAUCCGCUUCUCCGGCACGAGACGGUUCUUCAGCCAUGGACCAAAUGUGCUGCUGCAAGAGAGCAAAGCUCCACAAGCUGCAUUCUUUUCACCUCUUCAAAAAGUGAUGUUGCCACCAAAUUCCUUUCAAGGGAAGGUGGCAUUUAUAACUGGUGGAGGUACUGGGAUUGGCAAAGGCAUGACAACAGCUUUAUCCAGUUUGGGUGCUGUGUGUGUCAUAGCAAGCCGAAAGCUUGAUGUUUUGAAAGGAACGGCGGAAGAAAUUUCUUCUAAAACAGGGAAUAAGGUCCAUGCCAUCCAGUGUGAUGUGAGAGAUCCAGCUUCUGUUAAGAAUGCUGUUGCUGAAUUAAUUCAAGUGGCAGGGCAUCCUAAUGUUGUGAUAAACAACGCAGCAGGGAACUUUAUUUCCCCUUCUGAACGACUUUCUGCUAAUGCAUGGAAAACUAUAACUGAUAUUGUACUUAACGGUACCGCCUUCGUAACUUUGGAAAUUGGAAAGGAACUCAUUAAAGCACAAAAAGGAGCCGCAUUCCUUUCUAUUACAACCAUUUAUGCAGAGAGUGGUUCAGGAUUUGUGUUGCCAAGUGCCUCUGCCAAAGCUGGUGUAGAAGCACUGAGCAAGUCUCUUGCAGCCGAGUGGGGUAAAUAUGGCAUGAGAUUCAAUGUGAUUCAACCAGGUCCAAUAAAAACAAAGGGUGCUUUUAGCCGCCUUGACCCAACUGGCAUGUUUGAGAAGAAAAUGAUUGAGAGGAUUCCCUGUGGCCGCCUGGGAACUGUUGAAGAAAUUGCAAACCUCGCUGCCUAUUUCUGCAGUGACUAUGCAAGCUGGGUUAAUGGAGCAGUUAUUAGAAUGGAUGGCGGAGAAUAUGUUUCUAUGGCAGGAGAAUUCAAUGAUUUGAAAAAGGUUACCAAGGAGCAGUGGGAUAUGAUGGAAGCAAUGAUCAGGAAAACAAAAGGCUCUUAAAGUGCCUAACUGUGUGACGUUGACUUCUGGAAAUAAACCACUACUAAUUCAUAAAUACUUAGAAAUAACCAAAUGAGAAAGUGGACUUCAAAAUCUUUGUACGUUGAUUGCAGUAAAAUAUUUCCAAGUCUUCA